AUUAGAAGAAAAGGCUCCGCGGGCCGCCGGUGAGUCAGAACCGCGGCCGACGACGCGGGCCCGGGAGAGCUGCAGCCCAGGGCAUGUUCCGAGACUUCGGGGAACCGGGACCGAGUUCCGGGGCCGGCGGCGCGUACGGCGGCCCCCCGCAGCCCCCCGCCGCCGCCCAACAGAAGUUCCACCUGGGGCCGAGCAUCAAUGCUGUGAGCGGAACUCAGGAACUUCAGUGGUUGGUGCAGCCUCAGUUCCUGGGACCCAGCACCUACCCCAGGCCUCUUACCUACCCCCACUUCAGCCCGCCAGUGCCCCGGCCAGGAGUCAUCCGGGUGUUGGGGCCACCUCCGGGGGUGCGGCGGCGGCCCAGCGAACAGAUCAGCCCCGAGGAGGAGGAGCGUCGGCGAGUGAGGCGCGAGCGAAACAAGCUGGCCGCGGCCAAGUGCAGGAACAGAAGGAAGGAACUGACCGACUUCCUGCAGGCGGAGACCGACAAGCUGGAGGACGAGAAAUCCGUUCUGCAGCGAGAGAUCGAGGAACUGCAGAAGCAGAAGGAGCGGCUGGAGCUCGUGCUGGAGGCGCACCGGCCCAUCUGCAAGAUCCCCGAGGGCGCCGAGCGCGACCCCGGCGCCGGCCCUAGCGGCCCCAGCAGCCCGCGGGGCCCCGCCCGGCCCGUGCCCUGCAUCUCCCUGUCGCCGGGCGCCGUGCUCGAGCCCGAAGCCCUGCACACCCCCACACUCAUGACCACACCCUCCCUGACUCCCUUCACCCCCAGCCUGGUCUUCACCUACCCCAGCACCCCUGAGCCCUGCGCCUCCGCCCACCGCAGGAGCAGCAGCAGCAGCGGGGACCCUUCCUCGGACCCCCUCGGCUCCCCCACCUUGCUAGCCUUAUGAUGCACCCCUGCCCUCCCGCCCGCGGGUGCCAUCCUGGCCACUCUCUCCAGCGCCUUGGGGUCCAGCUGGC